GAUCAACGUGGCAGAAUCUUAUAGACGGAUAUUUCCCUUGUUGUUGUUUGGGCUUUUUGUUCAACGGGGGGAACCUCCGUAUUGGCGAAAUCUCCGAACGGCAGACAGGCGGGUUGCUUGGUCAAAGGUUUUUUUUUCUAAUCACCGCCGUGUGUGUGUGCAAAAGCAUUUGGGUUGCUGUGUAUGUUCUUUUUGGUCGGGGGCUCCGUUCCCAUCUGGCACUAUUUAAUGGCUGCUCCUCCACUUGUCACCCCUCACAUACACAUUAUCAUUUCGACAUCAUCUUGAUUUCUUCCACUCUCCCUCCGCAACUGCUUUACUAAUACGUUAUGUCCGCGUAAAGCAAAAUCAAACGGAGCCUUGGCCCUUGUCUCUUUGGAGCUGUUUUGUAAUCCUUUUUAUUUUUCUUAAAAUCUCUCGGCCAAUUAUGGCUUCCUCUUCCAACCUGUUUGCGAAUGGUUUUAUCUACCACAACCACCAAUUGAAUAACAACAACACACCCGUCAACAACUGUAUUAUCUUUGACGUUCCUCGCAUCGAGUUGCUCUCUCCUCGCUUUUUCAAGAAACGCUGAAACAAGUCAACAUGGCAUCAAGUGAUGCGCUUUGCUUUUUCGAUCUCGAUUCCUAUAUGGAUUCACCCUACACCACUACCAUGACGGAUACGUCAUCCCCCGGCAGUGUAUAUCCGAGCUACCCAAUAUCGCCCGAGGUGUCCGAUCCGCUGGCCACAUUCUUCAACGAUAUGAACGCCAUGCCAAUGUUUGACGACACAAAGGGCCAGCAAACCGGAGACAAGCUGUUUGAACAGCUUCUUUUGGACAGCGUGAGUCCUACAACGUCUACAAAUGACAUUCGGUACGGAGCGCCGCCGGUCGCCACCAGCCAUCCUGGAUUCUAUAACGCAAGUCCUGCUACUACGACAAUGACUGCUACGAGUCCCGACGGAUCCCCUCAAACAGAUGGGCUCCUCUCACCAGCCUUUAGUCCAGCCCCAUCAGACUUUCACACGUCACCUGAAGCGGGAUCUCCGCUACCGUCGUUUGAUUCCUUUGAUGUCAACUUUCAACCCAUGUACGAUUUGGAUGUUUCCUGUGGCGCUGUACCUCCGGCAACCACCGAAAAGAAACCACCGAUUGAUCUCAAGAAACUGGACAUGCUCAAGGCUGGUGCUCAACAUCAGCAAGUCCGCGCAUUGUUCCCUGAGCUAUUGCCAACCAUAGAACGGCUACGAGAGGUAGUACUGAAAAAGGAUGGUGCUCAAGAGCCCCAGACUACAACACCGUCGGCACCCUCCUCGUCUGUAAACGUCCCUUGGGCCGCCACGUCAACACAUUUAAUGCAGUCAACAGAAUCGACACAACCAAUAAAAGGUCGAGUCGGCCGCAAGCGAAAGCCACGACCAACAGAUCCCCUUCUCAUUGCCGCGGAGCAGCACGCCAAGCGGCAAAAGAACACAGAAGCCGCCCGCCGGUCCCGUUUGCGCAAGAUGCUCAAAAUGGAAACAUUAGAAGAGGAACUCAAGGCAGUGACAGAUGAGCGGGAUGAGCUAAGGGAAAGAGUUCGGCUUUUGGAACAACAGCUUGAAAGAAAGGCUUAGCGCUACUUUUCUGCAAAUUUCAUUUACAGUAUUCUGGAUGGAGUAGGAGGGCAACCUGCUGGUUCGGGAUUAUUCCUUUUUUUUUGUACAUCUGUAGUAUAAUAAUGAAAAGCCUAUUCCAAAACGUUGCGAAACGUGAUCUGAUUGUAAUCACGUGGAGGUGAUUUGUGACAGUGUCUUUUACAGAUUUCGUUAGCGCCAAGCUGUUCCAAAAAGCACUGCUGUGGCAUUUUUACGACAAGGAAGGCUCCAGAUAUGGAGCGGAUGUAGGACGGGAAAUGUUUCCCUAGAUGCACUUUUAGAUAGUUACAGUGGUGCUUUGCCAAAAGAAAUCACAAGAUGGUGACCAUCAG